AUGAAUGCCGACUUCGAGACACCGAUCAAGAGCAUCCUCAAGACGAUCGAGUCCGCCAUCAAGCUAGCACGGAGGGUUACUCGAUCUGCCGACCUGGCACCGGCGGAUCAAGGACGUCUGAUUUCCGAGUCGGCGCAGGAGUUACAAGCUGCGCUAGAACAGAGCUCCAAGGCUAUUAAGGAUGCCUAUGCGCAAAGCUUUGGGAUAUGUGGCGAGUCGUUCACCCAGCCUUUGCGUGAAGAUGCGGCCAUCCAGACCCGAUUAAAGGACCUCCGGAUCGGGCUGAUUGAUCAAAUCGACCAAUGCAAUGAUUUCGAUGACGAUCUCGACUUAUUCGACCCGGCAGGCUUCGCCGAUAUCCAGCACCAAGCCCAGAAAUGCGGUGAAGAGUGUAUAUCUAUUUUCCAUGACCUUCGGGAUGCCCAUUUCACAGCCUGUCUGGGGAGCUUCAGGCCGGAGCAGGAGGUAAGGAACCGGUCUGGGUUUGCAGCUACGAAGCAGUCGCCCGAAAUUGAUAUGAGAAGCCAACUCCCUCCCACGCCGAGCGAAACACCUCGUUCAUCCCAUAUUGCACAUAUGCAGGUUGCCACGCCUCCUCUAUCGGUGCCCCUGAAACCUAGAAGCCCAUGGUCCAUUGAGAGCCCAUCACAGUUCGAUUUAGGGGCAUCACGUCCCGUUCCAUGCGCUGCCCCAGUGCGACGGCGGCCCGUACCUGAACCUUCCCCAGCCUCAUCCCCAUUAAAGCCAGAAGGACAAUUUACUCCUUGGAUACCAGACGAAAUUGUCCAUUCGCGAAUUAGCACCAAUGAUGAAUUUUUGGAGAGGAGGAGGCAGUCACGCAUAUUGUUCCAGAAUGAGAUCCAGAGAUCUAUAAGCCCCACCACCACCACCGAGCGCCGAGUGAGCGAGGCAUCUAGCAACAAAAUGAUGGUAGAGCGCCCAACUGUCUCCCCAAGCUCUAUGGGAGAACGUCAUUCAAGAACGAGCUCAAGCGGAUAUGACUCGUUAAUUACGGGCCAGCGGAGUCAGGGUCAAUUUUCACAGGGGACGCGAAGCUCAAGGGGCAGCUCUGUCCUCCACGAUCGCCAAGCCCAGAAAAUGGAGAGUCAAGAACUAAUAUCCCCUCAGACUCCCUUCCAAACGACGCCGUUCAGCCCUGUCAACGAACGCCGAAUUUCCAAUCACACUGAAAUAUGGAGCGCUGACCCAAUAGCUCCCCAGGCUCAUCCACAUGCAAGCGAGAUCGAGUCUGGGCUAGAGGUUGUAAUGAAUAAUAAUAUUAACUAUGAUACCGAGAAAAUGCUUGUAGAGGAGCCAGUAUACACUCGCACCACGCCUACCACGUCGAUGAAAUCGAUCGAUCACCACAUGCGUCAUGAUACCUCGUUUUAUAAGUUUGGUGGAUUUUGUGUUGGCGCGAAGGCAAUGGUGAGAGGAGAAACAGGGUUCAAAGUUGUGAAGAGGCCAUCUGGACACUACAGCGCGACCGUGUCUGCCAGGUGCAUUAAGUGCUCUUAUGAAGUUGGAUGGAAUGAUGUUGAGAAGGAUAGGUUACUGCAACGUGACGGUAUAUAUGGAAAUUGUGGAAUAAGAUGGCGACAACGGUUUAUUUCCAAAUGCCAUGUCAAAUCCGGCUCGAUUGAGGAGCCAUUAUAUGCUUGUAUAUUCUGCAUUGAGGAAGGCAAAACCGUUGAAGAGCAUGAUGCCACCGUCUUUUUCUCGGUGGGACAGCUGUUCAGCCACUUAGCCAAACAUCCUCGUCCUCUCCCAAACGUCGCGGGCAUAACCACUCUUUACGGCUUUCAGCCACCCGAGGCGCUCGAUUUCGACCUACAUUUUACAACGACCGAGCCCCGUCUCUCCCAGUAUAACAUGAUGGAGAUUGCUAGCAAAGUUUCAACCCGACCCUCUGCCCAUGCUAUAAGCACUCAUCGUCCCAAACCUUCAGUCAGGGCUGCCCGUGAUCCCGAUGGAAAUCAGAGCAUACAUUUCGCAGCCGGGGCGAAAAUAGUUGGCAUCACAUUCCCAGAGCGAUUCGGCGGGCAAUGGUGUUUUGGAUAUCACGAUGGUGGGCGUGGAUGUUUUCCGGCGGACAAAAUAAUGCUCGCAAUGCCAGUCAAAGAAGAUAUCCUUAUGAAUCCCCAGAGCACCUUAAGCGCCAUCGCAAGAUGGGACUUCAAGCCCAAAGACGCGAAAGACGGCGGCUGGCUAAAAUUCAGCAAAGGCGAUAAACUAACUUGUAUCGGGUACACUUUCCAAGAUCAAUGGUGUUGGUCGGGUCAGACCAGUAAGGGCAAAUGGGGCAUCUUCCCUUCGUCAUUUGUUAAGGAUUUGAAAGAUACGAUAUUCAUUCAACGUCCGGGAACGAUGAAGAGCCAGGGUUCUGUGAGGAGUGGGAGUGGGUUUGGGAGUAUCAUGGGAUUGGGGAGGAAGUCAAGCAAGAAUCAUGAAAGGACUAAUAGCAUGUUGAGUAAUGGGAGUCACAUGUGGGGAGUUGGAAGGGUUGAUGUUAUUGGUCGAUGGAUACCGAUUUGCGAUGAUGUUGAUGGGGUCUCAUGGGAUACGAAUAAUCCACAGGGGAUCGGCGUUUGGGAUGAAUGGAACCACGAGAAAUAUCACGGCCGAUGA